AUGGAUCGUGUAUACGAGCGUGUGACGGGAGAACCGAGUGAGAAACAUUUUGAAGCGCAAGUUGUGCUAGGGACCGAAAUGUAUUUUGAAGCCCACGUGAAACCUGUGGGUGAAAUCAAAGAAUUUUUCUGGACGCAAAAAACGAAAUACGAGAUGCCGUUCUGGAACUGGGAUCACAAACUAUUCGUGUCUGAUGGACUGCAGCGUAUGGCGAGCAAAUAUUUCCUAUCAGUAGACGAUACACGAGUGGAACUGUUCGAUGUUUGUUCGGCCGUAGGUGCUCUGGUGGAGGUCAGAGCUGGGACUGAGGAAUUUCUAUUUGAUGAUUAUUCUGAUAUGUUCCUAAUGCUGAGAGCAAAUGUUGCUGUUGCUGGUUCAGAGCUAAUUUCAUCUGACCGGUUCACAUUUUUGACACUGGGUGAUCCGGACGUUUACAAAUGUAUAAGAAAUCGUUAUCCGCAUUGA